UCGCAGCAAAGGAAAAUAGCGAGUGAAAAACAAAAAAGUGAAAAGCCAAAUAAUCCCAAAAAUUAACCAAAGAGCGGAGAAAACGCAUUCGCGACACCACAAAUCGCCCCAGAGUCGAGACACGAGGGAAAACGAGGAAAAAUCUUCGGAAAAUACGUCUCUUUGUUUUGUUUUGACUACUCGUCUCUUUCUCUCUGCUUCGUCUUCUUCUUUAAUUCUUGAGAAUCAUUUGUUGAGCCUCUGCGAAACAUUUUGAAUAAUUAAUGGGAAAAAGUCUGAAAUAAUCUCGUUGUUUUCUAGUGCGUGCCAUUGCAGUAACAAAUACCAAAGAAAAGUGAAGUGAAAAGUAAAAGUGUGAUAAAAAAAAAGUCCAAAUACCGAGGAAAAAUCGACAGCAGGAUAGCAACAGGAUACUGCGGAAAUUCAUCCUGUUUGCAAAAAAAAAAUUUUGUGGAUAAAUUACGACGUAAUUUAAGCAAACGCCAUCAUUACCACCAAAGUACUAGUAAUAGUAAUAAGAGUGCCAGUAACGCUACCAACAUAGAUAAACCAAAAGAUUUGCGACGUCAUCGUCGUCUCAAGUCAGCGUCGCCUGCGCCAGCAGCAUUUUCCAACUCCAUCAUCGACUUGGACAAUGACGAUCUGAUGCAGGACGUCGAUCUGAAUGACAUUUCCACUGACGACGAAAACAUACCAAAAAACUACUCGAACAAGGCGGGUGGAGGAAAACGCGCCUCGUCGUCAACAACGACGUUGACAACACCCAGCGGCGGCGCCGACAGUUUAAAAGCUAGUUAUACCAAUUUUCACAGUAGUAUUAGCAGUAGUGGCCAUUAUUUUGAUACCAAUAACACAUUUAGUCAGCUAGGCAGUGAUAGGAGUAGCAGGAGGGACGACAUUGAAGACACCAAGAUGGGUUCCUCGGGCGGCGGCGGUGGCAGCAACAGUCACAAUCAGUAUUUUAGUUUACGCUGGAACAAUUACCAAAGUAAUAUGACGACGGUCUUUCACAAAUUGCUGGAGACACAGUCGUUUGUUGAUGUAACACUCGCUUGCGAGGGCAAUUAUUUGAAAGCACACAAGGUCGUCUUAUCAGCAUGCUCCGGCUUCUUUCAACGUCUCUUGCUGGACAACCCGUGCAAACAUCCCACAAUCAUCAUGCCAUCGGACAUCGCAUUCUCAGACCUACAAUUCAUCAUUGACUUUGUCUAUCGCGGCGAAAUUGACGUCUCCGAAGCAGAAUUACAGAGUCUCCUCAAAACAGCGGAACACUUGAAAAUUAAAGGCUUGUGCGAAGUGAGCGACAUUGAUAAUCCCCUGGAAUAUUUUUACAAUCCGCGUCAAGCGCAUCAUCAUCAACAAUCGUCGUAUAAUUUGUCGAAUACGACGAGACACGCGAUUCCGUCGUCAUCGGGACAUCAUUCGAAGACGUUUGAGAAGCGAUUGCAUAGCACACCGACCAAAGGACGCAAAAGUCCCCGUUUAUUGAGUCCCACGAAAGGUGAUGGACAAUUGAUAUCUUCGGAUACAGAGACAGGAACUGACAAACAGGAGCAACGACGAACAAAAGGAAGUAAAAUGGCGAGCUUAGGAAUGGGAAUGAAUGGCGGAGUAAUGGGUGGCGUACCCAUGGGAUACUUAGAUUUUACACCAGAACCACCGGCUCCCUCUGCCACUCCAGUUACCGAACACGUUGAUCUCAAUUUAGGACAUAGUCAUGAUACGCGUGAUUUGUCAAGUGCCACCCCAAACGGUGAAGUGCGUAUUAAAUUUGAAACCUUGAAAUCACUAGAUCCCGCUGAGACGAUGGACAUUGAAAAUCACUUAUCACCGCACACAAUCACACAGCAGCAGUCCCAACAGCAGCAACAACAACAACAACAGCAGCAACAUCAGUCCAGUUCAACGCCGACUCACAUCAUGGUGGACCAGCAAAGUCGACACUCGUCCCAUCACUCGAACAGCCCGCAACCGCAGCAACAACGGCAAAAUUCGUCGCCGCCCGGUGCCGAUGACUCGUCCGACCAGCUGGAUGUCAAGCCGAACGUGCAUCAACUCAUGCAAGGUGAAGUUUACAGUUCGGAAAGUGAAGACACAAAAUUGAACGACAAUUCGCAAAGUAACAUGCACUACACAAAUCUCUCGAAUACAUCGGAUUCCGUUGCUGUCGGCAACAAUGGAACGAAUAACGGCACAUCCACUCCCACCGGUCGCAAGAACUCCAAAAAGGCAAAACUCGAUACGAGUGCUGCCGAUGCAAACACCGAUGACGGUUCCAAUGGAUCGACAAAUGGUAAAAACGGCGAGGGAUCAUCGGGACCCAAGACAUGGACUCCCGAGGACAUGGAUGCUGCCUUAGAUGCCUUACGUAACCACAACAUGAGUCUAACGAAAGCUUCGGCAACUUAUGGCAUUCCGUCGACAACGUUGUGGCAGCGUGCUCACCGACUUGGCAUCGAUACGCCCAAGAAAGAGGGUCCCACGAAGACCUGGAACGAAGAUUCGCUGAAUAGUGCGUUGGAUGCGCUACGGACCGGACAAAUUUCCGCUAAUAAGGCAUCCAAGGCGUACGGCAUUCCAUCCUCGACAUUGUACAAAAUUGCAAGACGAGAAGGUAUAAGACUUGCGGCGCCCUUCAAUGCUGCGCCCACAAAUUGGUCAGCGGAGGACUUGGAACGGGCACUGGAAGCGAUUCGUGCGGGACAAACGAGUGUACAAAAGGCUAGCACAGAGUUUGGAAUUCCAACUGGAACACUUUAUGGACGUUGCAAACGGGAAGGAAUUGAGUUGUCACGAUCCAAUCCAACACCAUGGUCAGAAGAUGCGAUGAUGGAGGCAUUGGAAGCAGUGAGAAUCGGUCACAUGUCGAUAAAUCAAGCAGCAAUUCAUUACAAUCUCCCAUACAGCUCAUUGUAUGGUCGAUUCAAGCGCGGACGAUACGAUAAUGGUGCCAAUGACUCUCAUACCGAUCAUUCUCCUGAUAAUACGAUGCAAUACACCCCACCGCCCCAGAUGCAACAACAGCAAAUCCACACACAAUACCAUCAUGCUCCGUUGCAACAUCAACUGGCAUCGCAUCACCAGCUAAAUACCCACCAUCAAACGCAACAUCACCACCAAGUUUUACCGUCGUCCAGCCAAGUUGUGCAUCACGGCAUGAACAACCAUCAUACAAUAAUCUACCACGAGACCAGUUGAAAUUCGCCUUUCAGCAAUUUAUUGCAUC